AUGGCUUGCAACAGUUGGGAGAAGCUGUGUAAGGCUCAGCGCGACUACCCAAAAGCGAAGUUCGCAGACUCGUUCGUACAAAAAUCGCUCAAGAAGACGCCCAAGAACCCAUUUCUCUUGGCAUGGAAAGCUCGGUUAUGUCUUACAUUGAAUAAUGUGGACACCGAUGUAGCAAAUUUGGUACAACAAGCCUGGGAGCAACCAGGGGUGAACGAUAUUCGGCUGCUGUCCUACUUAUAUAAGAUCUUAGCCGAUGCUACGCGGAAAGAUCAGGACAAUAACCUAAACAUCAGCGGAGUGGGCGACGGGAACCUCAAAGUUUGGCAACGUGCUGCGAAAGCCUUGGGACGCAAGGAAGACCGUCAAGAUCUCUGGUCUGCUCUAGCAAAUGUGGCAUUGGCAGAGGAAUGCUGGGAAGACUUCCGCCUGGCUGUCUUUCACUACAGCAAAGAAACCAAGGAGGGCGCUGGAUCAACAUCUGCAAAAAAGCAUGCUCACUUCACGCAAACACUCGCUAUUCAACUCGCAGCUGAACAGCAGCGCGGACUUCCCCAGGGCGAGAUGAAAAGCAGACUUCAAUUCGACCUGGCUCGUAGACUUUUGAAGCAAGCAUACGAGGCGGCUCCAGAUGACCCCAUCGCUUUCAAGGAUAUACGCGACUUGCGUUUUAUGGGCGAGAUCUUCGCGCGGCAAGCGAAGUGUAGCGAGCUGUUCGAACACUGGAACCACCCGCCUGCAGCCCUCCAGGACCUUAUGACGAAACAUCGAGGUGACUUGUGGGGCAUGAAGAUUAGACUUGCACGGCAGAGUAAAGAAUGGUCUCUACUUGAAAGCCAGUGUCUUGCGUACAUCGAGCGCAUUAUAUCACAGCAGGAAAGGUCGCCUGAAGGUUUUGUCGCAAUAUACACACUCCUCUGGAUUCACCAAGAAGCUAUGCGCAACGAAGAGCCCGAUCAUCCCUUCGGAAAUACGCCAAACUCACGAGUUCUCCUUCAAGCUGCAAUGUUAGCGCGCCAUUUGGUGGCGAGCGAUAAAGAAAAGCAAAACAGACCGCUGGCACUACUUGCUGCACGGCUGCAGCUAAACCUCGGUCUAGGAAAAUCCGCUUUCCAGUUGUACAGCCACACCAAAUGCAAGGAGAUGCUAGUGCAUACUUUGUCACCAUAUGUUCUGUCACGCAUCUCACUGACACAUCCAUUUGGUGCCAAAGGCUACCAAGGAUUCUCAGCCGAAGAGGAACUAGGAAAAGCUGUCGGGACAAUGGAGAGGAUGGAACGCAAGCUUAAUGAGGCAGUAUGUUCUGAUCUCCAGUCGCUUCCAUGGGAUCAAGCUAUGGAACUCUUGGCCGCGAAACGGGAUUUCAAGUCGAGCUUGACAAAGCACAUAUGCAACACAGAGGGCCGUCGCAUAGCACGACUCAAGGGUGAACCGAUCGAUAACAUUCCCGUUAUCGACUCAAGUAGCUACCGGAAUAUCAAGGACGUCGUGGAUAGGACCAUAUUCCCCAACUACGAGCACAGUGAACAUCCUGGACCACUUUCAUACAUCAUGCCCAACGGCCUUCCUGAAGUUCAUUGGCUGGCCAAGAGCCUUGAUAUCUGGGACGCGAGCAGUAGAUUUCUCUAUAGAGAGACACAGGUGUUGGAGUUCCAGGGCAAAUGGAUACACCAAGUUGCCAUGCCUCCGGGUCAUGCCUGGGAAACUGAGCCUGACAUGACGCUUGCGGAAUACCAAGUUGAGGACACAUGGGAUGCAAUCAACCUCAUCGUUAAGGCGAUGAUCUUGCCAGGACUUCCCUUGGAAACGCUUCCUGGGGUGCUGGAAGCACUUCUUGACCAGGUUUCCGAAAUGCGACUUGCAAUGGAGAACCUGCGUAUGCCUGGCGCCACGCACCAAAAGCCCGAAGACGAACCCACCAUGUUCCACGAGAAUAUGCUAAUGUCCUGCUAUACCAAGUUCGAAGUCCUGCGCGCACUCAUCAAGUUGAUCGAACACCUACGCGAGAAGGUCAUCAAUGCGAAGACCCACCGCAUGAAGGCCAAGUUGUCAAAGAACUGGGUCAAUGAUAUGGAAACUGAGACGAAGAAUUUCUUCGAGGCGGUACGGGAUGUGGCGCAUAGCUACAUCAAUCUCAUCGAACAGAGAGGUCGUGCUGCGAUUAAGGCGCAGGUACGGUGGGGCAAGACGGGCGAGGCACUGAAGCAUGUGCUGAGUGACGACGAUGUCGACUUCUACGCAACUGAAUAUGUUGAUAGCGCACUACAGGCAUGGAGGGGUGUGCUACAGGUUAAACUGAAGUAG